GUCAUAAACGCACCAAGCACUCCAGUAAAAGCAUGCUUAUGUAAAAAGAUACACGCGUGCUCGUUGCUUUUUUUUACGGUUAUUUCGAUUUAAACAUUUGUUAAUAACAAAAAUCGCAUUAUGCCUAUGCGUUGGAGUGAAGAGGAAACCAAGAAACUCAUAAAUUUGUACAAGAAAUAUCCGUUUCUAUGGGACAGUAGUGAUAAAAUGUAUACACAAACACGAGCCAGAAAGUUAGCAUAUGAACAGAUUAUAAGGGGUAUGAAUAAACCAAACCUCACCAUAAAAGAUAUUCGAUGCAAAGUAAAGAACUUAAGGACGGCUUAUUAUCAAGAUCUAAAGAAAAAGUCUACUUUCGAAAGUCUUGGCAAAAAAUACAAAAGUAACUUGCCGUGGUUUACUAGUUUACAUGGAAUUAUGGAGGUCAUUAACAAAAAUAAAAUGACACUACAGCGCGAGACUACAGAGGCUGAAGAAGAAUAUGAAUCCGACGAUGAUGAUAGCAUACAAAUACAAUCCGAAAACGAUACGCUCGUAGUGUCAAUCAAACAAGAGUUUCUAGACCAGAUGGAAAACAGAGAAGUGAGUUACUGUCCAAUAGUCAGUCAAUAUUUGGAGCCUAUAGAGGUUACCGACGAACCAGUUAAGAAGAAAAAAAAGGUUAAUAAGCGGGAAACAAUUCGAGAAGACAUCGAUGAAUUUCAGUCGUUUGUCAAUAGUAUGGCAGAGCAACUUAGGAAUAUGCCUUUAGAUAAAGCCUUAAAUUUACAAGUCGAGGUGCAAGCGUUAAUCGCAAAGGAACGAAUUGAUGCCCUCAAAAAUUCUGAAGAUGACGAUGAAGAACUAGUAGAAUUUAGUACGCUUAUUUUAUUAGUACGGUGUCGACGUAUUUUAACGAAUUUUAAUAAAAUGGCGCCUAACUGGACCCCUCAAAGACUUCAACAGUUAUUUGCACUGUUGUCAGAAAACUACGAGGGUUUAUUUGAUAGCUCCAGCACAAAUUCGCACAGGAAGUUAAAUAAAAAUACAAUAAAGAAAAUAGCUGAGCAAUUAAACAUUUCAGUCGAUGAUUUAAGACAUAAAUAUUUUAAUAUAAAUAAUGCUUACAACACAGAAGUUAAAAAGAUAGAAGCAGCCAAAAAACAAGGAUUCUUCUAUAGACCUACUUUGCAUUGGUUCAACGAGUAUAAAGAAGUUAUGGAAAAAUUUGAAUCUAUUAAACGAAAAGGUAAUGAUUAUCUGCCAGUGAGCAAAGAAGUUGUUAGCGCCAGCGAUAAUAUGAAAGAAAUGGAGGAUUCUCCCCAAGGGGAAAGUAUUGAAUCGGAGCAAGAAUUGUUUUUGGAAGACGAAGACACUUCGACAUCAGAUCAACCUAUAUCCGAUACAAUAGUCGUAUCAAUUAAACAAGAAUGUAUUGAUGCAGUAAAGAAGAAUAACUGGGAUGUUGAUUUUGAGGAACCAAAAUCAGUCGAACCUAUUGACCAAUUAGAGUUUAUCCCGCCUCCGAAGCCGAGAAAGAUUGCAUACGUAAAGAAAAAUAUGAGCAAAACACGUAAAUUAGAUAGUCCCUUGAAAGGUGCCACAGAUGAGUUUCAGAUGUUCGCUGACCACAUCGCUGAGCAACUAAGAAAUAUGACAAUUGAUUCAGCUCGGAAAAUGCAAAGCGAAAUUCAUAUUAUUUUCGAUGAAGAAGGAUUUCCGUUUUACAGCCCGAUUUUGGAUGACAUGUGAUUUGAAUCCAUUCAAUAAUAAUAUAGUUAUGUGUA